AUGCGCGCGGAAGGCUUUGCUGAUGAUGGUCUCUUUCCGAAAAUAAAAGAAUUCUUUCUUCCACUCACCAUUUCCGAUCAUGAACUACACUUGAAACGUCAAUCAAGCAUCGAUGAACAUCUUACUCACUUGAAAAGACGCGAUCAACUAUGUGCCGACGUACAACAACAUGUGGGCAAGCUGGCUGAAGAAAUGGAAAGAUAUCAGGAAUUAGACGAUGCAAUUCUUAGGUUAAAAAAACGUAUCGAAGUUGGAGAGACUGUUUAUACAAAUGCACGAAGAACAUUGAUUUCAAGCGAUAAUUGUCAACAACAAUAUAGAGCAGAAGCACUGCAUCGACUUCAUGACAGAUGGCAGAUAGAUCAGCUAAAUCUCUAUGAAAAAUUACAGGAUGCAAUUUUUAGAAAAGAUAUCUCGGAAAAGGAGAAAAAUAAUUUGGAAAAACAAAUCGAAGAAUAUAAGGCACGUUUGAACACGAUGGAAUUAGAAUUGACUACACCACAGCAAUAUACCGAUAAACAUCUUAUUAAACCUCAUCGGGGUCUUAUCCUGUAUGGACCACCUGGUAAGUUCGAGAUGUUUGUGAUUGUGUUAUCUAGUAACCUGAUGGGGUAUUGA